UGGUGGGUGGGCGGUGGGUGGGAGUAAACAGCAUUUAUCGCCAAUAAAUGGCAUAUAGAGUUGAAUUAAGCAGCCGUCAUGGAUCUCGUCACAGCCGAUCUGGGCAGAGAGCCUGCCAACAUUCUGAUGUUGCCUCCUGAACUCCUGGAGGCGAUCAUCAGCUAUCUUUCAUAUGAGACCGCCUCCAACAUCCGGCUGGUGUGCCGCACGUUCGAGCGCGCCAUCCGGCACCGGCUGAACCAGGGCUUCUCGCGCGCCGAGCGGUAUGUGCAACAGGCGCUGAAGCUGUUCCGCGCCCAGCUGCCGCGCCGCGAGUCGGAGCGGCGCGAGCACCCGCUCUCGCGGCGCGUGGAGCACCUGGCCGCCGUCGAGACUCGCCUCGGCUUGCUCAGCAUGACCUACCGCCGCUACAUGGAGAUGGACGCGUGCUGCUUCAUUCCGGGCAAGAUCAACGACUGUUUCGGAGCUGGCGUCUCACCCCCUCCCGCCUCUCUCCGCGCGGUGCUGGACGAAGUGUUCCGGGUGGUGCGCUACCUGAAGGAGGCGCCCUCGGUGGAGCGCUCGUCCUUCACCGUGCUGCAGGAGCUGCGCGACAUCUCCUCCAUGGCCAUGGAGCACUUCGAGGAACACAUCGUGCCCGGCCUGAAGCGGAACGAGGCCCGGCCGCGGCCGCUCUCGCUGCUCAGCCUGUUCUCCGGCGGUGCCAGCAGCGCCGACGGCGGCGCUCCGUCGGGUGAUACCUGGCCCAGCUCGUGCCUGGGCAGCCUGCUCUCCUCGCAGCGCGCCGCCAUCGAGGCUCGCAACAAGAGCAUCAACGUGGUGGAGCACUCUGUGGCCAAGCUCAGCCAGCAGGCUGAGAAGCUCUCUGCCCAGGAUCUGCUAAUCGCCGACCUGGCCUCCAAGCUGGCGCGGCUGGAGAACGGGCUGCGCGGCGCACACCCGUGA